AUGCCUGAUAGCUCAGAAAGCCGAAAUAUCAGACUUGAAGUCAUCAACGGAAAGAAUAUUCAAGUUCCUUCCAAGCACAUUCCCGCUGGCAUCUACAUAUCCGUCAAAGUCGACUCCCAGAGGCGCCGGAAAUCAGCCAUCAGCGUCUCAUCAUCUAAUAAAUCUGUAGCAUCAUCACACUCCUUACCUGCGUUGUCAGUGGAGAUCAGGGCAUCCUGUGAGCUUGGUCGAAUGCUAGGCGGUGGUGAGGUCGUUGGAGGCCUUCAAAUGUCGUGGAAUGGGCUACUCGAUCAUGGAGAUGAGCCAUUUGAUUUAUCCCCCCCACCCGUGCGCGGUGUCUACCCUUCCCUCAAGCUGAAGGCCACCAUUGUACAUGCUUGCAACUAUCAGGACGACGCACUGUUCGAUUCCCUCUUAGACUGCGAGAUUGCUCGAGACACAGAUGCGGGCCACGUACAAUUUGCCGCAUACGUGACGAGCAAGACAGUCUCUCACCUGAACGACGCUGUAGAGCAUUUUCAGUUGGUUCUGGACCAGUGUCCGGUCAGCCAUCCAGACCAUGCAACGGCUCUCACCAACCUUGCGUGGGCCCGCCUCAAAGGCUACAUCCGAAAUGAUCUUCAAGACAUCGAUGUCACCACUUCCCUCUUCCGCAACGCCCUUGCAUUGCAUGGCACCUACCUUCGUAGCAUCGCAGCAGGGAAAAAUGGUGUUGAUUAUGUGAUCGGUGGAUGCAACAAUCUUCCAACAGACGCAUCCGAUGAAGGCAUCCAUCUUCGAAGAGUCGUCCUCGAGCUCUGUCCUCUGGGCCAUCAACUCCGUUCCAGCGCCCUCGGCAUGCUUGCGCACGCAGUUGAAGGAUGUUUUAAUCAGCACGGCAACAUCGAUGAUCUUGACACGAGCAUACAGCUUUGUCGUGAAGCCGUGUCUCUGUGCCCCGAGGGACAUGCUGUCCAUGCUGACUACCUGGACAACUUGGCCGUCUCACUUGUGUCCCGCUACAAUCAUCAAGGCAAACCUAAUGACCUCAAUGAGGCCAUCUCUCUGCACGAAGAAGCACUGCGCCUGCGCCCUGUUGGGCACAAAUAUCGUGAUUCCUCAAUAAACGACCUAGGCCUCUAUUGCGAGGCACUGACGUUGCGCCCACCUGGGCAUCCACAUCAUGACACCACGCUUAACAACCUUGCCCUCACGCUCAAUACCAGUAGCGAGGAUCUCAACGAGGCCAUUGAUUUGUUCCGCGAAUCCCUUCGGUUAAAGCGGCUUGACCAUCCAGGGCGCCAUGCAACUCUUAUCAAUCUGAGCUCAAUGCUCUGCUCUCGUUUCACGCAAACUCAGAAGAAUGAAGAUGUCGAGGAGGCCAUCACUCUCUGCAAACAAUCAUUAAAGGCUUUGGAUUUACCAUAG